AUGUCGUUGACCGCUCAACCUUCAAAAAAUAGGGUCAAUAUUGUUGAGUCACCAAUGUCAGAGGACCGAACUAUGACCACCGGUCGCCAUAUUGUACGCGAUAUUUCUUGCAAACAAUGUGGAAGUAUAGUUGGUUGGAAAUAUGAUAAAGCAUUUGAAUCAAGUCAAAUGUAUAAAGAAGGAAAAUAUAUUUUGGAAAUAGAACUCUUAACGAUGAAGACAUAA